AUGGGCAUGAAGAUGAUCGGAAACGCUAACACCGAGAACUUUGUCAGGGGAAACGCGAGCUUGAUUGCCGAACAUCUGGAAGAAAACCCUGAUGGCGCCACCAGUCGUUACCACCGUGUCUACAAGUGUAAGGACUGCGACAAAGAGUACGAUAGCUUCCAAGCUCUCGGCGGCCACCGAGCCAGUCAUAGGAAGCUUAUGAAAGAAACUGGGGCCCAUUGUUCUGGGCUUCAGUUUCUGGAAGAAAGCGGUCCUAAGCUUCACGAAUGCAGGAUCUGUGGGAAGGGGUUUGCAAUCGGGCAGGCAUUGGGAGGGCACAUGAGGAAGCAUAGGGAGAUGAAACUCGACACUGGGCAGAAGGAUUCACUGCACAAUAAUGCGAAUGCGAAAAUCUGGAACACGACGGUAGUGGAGGCCGAGGAGGAGGGGUUUGGGAAGGAAGAUGUUGAGGGCUUGAGGAUGAGGGUAGUAACACCUCAAGCAUCUGUUCCUCAAAUUGAGGUUCUUCAUGAACACGUCGGAACAUCCCAAGUGGCAUCUUCAAUAGAUACUCCAUGA